GAUGUCCCCUUCUUUUAUUAAAAGUAUACCAAAUAGUGCUAAGGUUGGUGGUAUUUCCCAGCCAUGGGUAGAAAAAUACAGACCUAAGACCAUCGAUGAGGUUGUCUCCCAAGAAGAAGUAGUGGCUUCUCUAAGUGCUGCUGUCAAAGUUGGAAAUCUUCCUCAUCUUUUAUUUUAUGGGCCCCCCGGAACCGGAAAAACUUCCACUAUUCUAGCUCUCUCUCAUCAAAUAUUUGGCCCUGAACUAUAUAAAGAACGGGUUUUAGAAUUAAAUGCUUCGGAUGAGCGCGGAAUCGAUGUAGUUCGCGAGAAAGUAAAAAAAUUUGCGCAAUCUCUUGUCUCGGUGAGCAAAACCGCACCGCUAUUUAAAGUUGUGAUUCUGGACGAAGCGGAUUCGAUGACGAAGGAUGCCCAGGCGGCCUUACGCCGUACAAUGGAGGUCUACUCUAAGAUGACCCGAUUUUGCCUUAUAUGCAAUUAUGUUACCAGAAUCAUUGAGCCGUUAACGUCCCGCUGUGCAAAGUUUCGAUUUAAACCUCUACCCUAUAGCUUAAUGGAAGAGCAUAUCAAAAUGAUUGCAGAGCAGGAAGCCAUUUCCCUUGGGGACAACGUGAAAUUU